UGAGGGCGGCCCUGGAUGCUUCCAUUUUAGGGCUUUGGAGCCCUUACUGGAUUCAUUAGAGUUUAUGGGUUUCAUCAGCACUUCCAGUUGCUGUGGAAUGUCUUGUUGGCCUCAGUCUUCCAUCUGCGAAAUGGGUCCAGUCGCUUCAGCCUCCUUCCUGAGAUAUUCACAAGGAAGCACGAGCAGAAGCUAUUACGGAGAGACUUUGGGUUCUUAGAAAAAGCGACAGAUGAGCGAGCCGGUGGUGUAAUGGCAAAUUCUGAAGUAAUGUGCUCAUCCUAUUGGACUACUCAGUUUCCAUUUGCAAAUCACUGAGUAGGUCUAUAGCAACAUACCAGUUCCAGCCCUUAUUUAUUUCCAGCCAGAGCGGGUCUUUUGUAAAGCUAAUGGGACUUGAUUGCCACUCCAAGGACAAACCUACCCUGAAAUCUUCAGCAAGAUGGCAACAUUCUCUCAAUGAGAAAUGGUUUCCUGAAACAUACACAGAGGUGGGCGGGUCAAUUCAUGGCCCUUCUUAGUUGAGAAGUCUCAGCCGUUUGGCCCGGAGGCUUGGCUCAGCAGCCACCCAGGAGGCCAAUCAUAAGAUCCUUUACCUCUUACAGGUCUGAUCCUUUUCAAUGUCUGCCCCUGUCAGGUGCGAGCGAGCUCCUGGAGAGCAGGUGCGCCAUUCCAGCGCGUGGGUGUGUAUCAUCUCGGUCGUCUGCUGAAAGUUGCCACUUGCGUCGUCGCUAAGGAAGGAGAGGAAUUUGGAAACCUGGCAGGGAGCCUUGCUCCGAGAUCUUGGCCUGCAUGCAACAUACCGGACUGGUUUUUCCUUUCUUCCUUAUCGCUGGCUGGGCGACCGAGGCCCUCCCCGAGGGUGGGUGGUGUCAGCUGCCUUGCGAUGAUGCUCUCACUACCAUCCAGCAAGAAGACCAAGACGGAAGGGCCAGGAUGUCCAUGGCGAACGGGCCGGAGAGGCGACCUUUGACUGAUGAGAUCCUCAGGCAGCUGCCCCUGGCCGAAAAAACUGCCCUGUGGGGCACACUGGGGACCAUCAGACCCCAUUUGAGUUUUAAUGUGCAAAGAGAUGUCCAGGCUCUCCUCGAAUCCGUCAGUGGCGAAGCUGUUGAUUAUAGAACCAUCAUAGCUUUGCUGACGGACAGGAGCAACGAUCAGCGCCACCAAAUUGCUGAAGCAUUCCUAGCUUUUACAAAGCAGGACUUGAAGAAAACUUUGCAAGCAGCGGUGUCUGGUCACCUAGAGGGCAUCAUCGUGGGAUUGCUGAGGCCGGCAGCUCAGUAUGAUGCCGAUGAGAUCAAAACAGCUCUGAAGGGCCCAGAAACUGACACUCUGACUGAAAUCCUGUCCACCCGAACAAAACAGGAACUUCGAGAAAUCCUGGAUUUUUAUGAACAUGAUUUUAAGUCAGAUCUGGAAAAAGACAUCGCUUCAGAAACCACAGGCCAUGCCAAAGACCUCCUGGUUGCCUUUAUCAAGGCUAACCGGGAAAAAUAUACUGGAGUCAUUGAUUAUGUCCUGAUAAAGCAAGAUACAAAGGCUCUUGUGGACGACGGCCGUGACGGCGGUGCAGGCCAGCCGACGGGGCGUGAAUGGAUCCGGAUCCUUACCCAGCGCAGCCCUGAGCAUCUAAACAGGGUGUUCAGCGAGUACCGCAAGACGACCGGCUUCCCGAUCGAAGAGGCUGUGGGGAAAUACUUUCAGGGCGAUCUGCAAAAGAUGGUAUUGACUUUGGUCGCUCUUCUGCAAAACACGCCGCUCUAUUUUGCCACCAAGCUCUACAACGCCAUCAAGGGUCCUGAAACCAGCCCCAGAUCUGUGGCCCACAUCCUGAUUUCCCGCCGUGAAACCGACCUCCUGAGCAUCCGGACGGAGUUCAAGAAGCGUUAUGGGACCUCUCUCUAUUCUUUCAUCUCGACAGAAACAAAAGGACACUACCAGGCAGCCUUGCUGGGUCUCUGCAGAGCAGAAGAUCUGUAAGGUGCUCCCCCGUAACGUGCCUCCAUGCGCAGAGGUAGUCUACCUCAGCAUGCCAGCCAAGCUUUCCUUUCCCUCCCGAAUAUCCUACAACACCCUGAACCAAAAAGGACAAAGAUUAACACAUCACAUGCAAAGCCUGGCUGGACCAGUUUGGCUGGUUUCUUCCUGUCGGCCAGUCUCUUGAUGGUUCAGGAAGUUUUCAGAGGCACCUGCAAGGGGGUAAUUUGUCAAGAAGGAACAGAAGGGUAGCGCCUCACUUUCUUGCUCAGUACCAAACUCAGGCAAAGAGGAGGCCUCGGGAAAAGGUCCCCGCUUGGAAAGGUGAGAAAUAAAAAAAAGGAUCUCUGAAUCUGUGCAGAGUGCGGCCUCUUUCACCAUG